UUUGUGGAUUGAGUGCGGAAAAUUUAAUUUUUAAUAAUUUUACCUUGUGUAUUUUAUUAAAGUAUUUUUAUUUACUAGUAAAAAUGUGGAAUGAAAUAACCAAGCUUCAUAUCAAUAUUAACAAAAUCGAAGAUACUAAAAUGCUGUGUAAUAACACUGCAAUAGCCAUUCGCACUGACCGAGGUUUACACAUUUUGGAUAUUCCCUACAAUUUGCAACGAUACGAUAAGAAUCUUGAUUAUGUAGAGACUAUAAUCACCGCUUCAAAAUAUAGCCCAGUAUCUGUAUUAUUUGAAAAUAAUUUUAUGAAAGGUGGUGUUAGAAAUUCAGAAUUUAUCCAAAUGGUAUUGGAUCCGACAUUAUGGCCUCAUAAUAAUCAUCUACUGAAUGAAAUGACGAGCAUUGUUGCUUUUGAAUGGUCCCCAACAGGAUUAAUUGAUGGGAUGGAAAGUGUCAUGGCUGUUUUAACAAAUGUUGGUUGUGUUGAACUUUAUGGUCCUAGUAGGUUAGAAUGGAUAAGUGUUUUAAAUAUAUCAUCAUUAGUUAAGGACAAUUUGAAAGAUUUAUCACUGGCAAAAGUAAAUGUAACUCCUAAAAACUCAAAAGAACUACAAGAAAUUGCCCAUUCUUUAGCUACAGUAGCCAUUUGCUGGUCCGACAAAAAAUAUAUGAAUGGUUCAUGUUAUUUUGUAACUGCACAAAAAAAUGGUUUAAUUUUAUUUUGGUCAAUAAAUAGUCGGAAUUCAAAAUUGAAUGCAAAAGUAAUUGGUCAUUUAAAUGAAGAUAUUAUAGAAGUUAAUAUCAUAAAAUGGAUACCUAUCAAAAAUUUAAUUUUACUUUACAGUAAGAAUAGACAUUUAGUUGUACAAAUUUUUGAUAAACAUUUUAAUUUAAUAACACAAGAUGUGAAAAAUUUAACCGAUUACAAAGUUACUGAUAUAAAAAGGUUGAAAAAUGAAUUUUAUUUAUCUACUAUUAAUAAUAAAUUUUAUAAAAUAGAUAUAGAGUGUAUUAAUACUAAUUUUAAAGUACAAACUACUUUAGUAGAUAUAAAAGAAUCAUAUCCAAGUUCAGAAUUGCAUGCUAUUGGAUUUUCUCCAAAUGGUGUGUUAUGUACAUUUGCAUUAAUAGAGAGAAAAGUUCUAUGGAGGAAAGAACCUUUAAAAAUAGACCUGAUUAUAAUGAAAAAGUCUAAUGAAAAUUCAGAAAUGCUAGCAUUAUACAAUAAUCAAGAAAAGAAAUUAACAAACUAUUGGGAUUACAUUGAAGUACUAAUAUACAUGACUUUAAAAACAGGAAUGUUACCGGAAUUUGAUUAUGCUAAUCUUUUGUCAGAAGGUGAAACAGAUAUUUAUAAAUUAAAAGUUUAUUAUAUAAUGUUAACACUUUAUAAUAAUUUAGAAAAACUUUGCAAAGUACCCACAACAAUUUCUUUACCUGAAACAUCAUUAGAAGUAAUAAGUGAAAGAAUACAUGCCCUACAUGCAAGUGACAUUAUGAAAAAAAAUUAUAAAAAACACAAUGCAAAUUGUAUAAGCAAAUUAGAAUUAGAAACAUUAUCUGGUGCCAAAGCAUAUUUGGAAUAUUACUGUGAAAAAUAUAAGACAGAUCUAUCAAAUUUUGUUGAUCCUCAAAUUACAUCAAUUACCACAGAUUAUAAAUAUAUUUGUCAGUGUUGUGAUAAAGAAAUUAAUGGUUUUUCAUGUACCGAUGGACAUUUAAAUAUGUUUUGUUCUAUAACAUUUACACCUAUUGACAAUGAUGACUAUCUUUUUUGUAAGGGAUGUGGUGCUUUGGCACAUUUACAAUUGUUGCCAGAGAAACCAACUUGUGUGUUCUGUGAUUUAUAUUUAUAUGAAUUUGUUACAACAUAAUAAAACAAAAUAAUAAGUUUUACUUUAUU